AUGUUAAAAGCUAGUUUGUCAAAUAGGUAUGACAGAAGAAUAAGAGAAAUCACUCACUCCAUAAAGAUAUUACUUGAUGCAACAUACUUGGAUAUCCCACCACAUCUAGUGCGAAUUCAACAUCGGGUGAAAAAAGCUCUUCAUUUGUCCAAAUACUACUCAAAAGAUAUAGCUGUUAGGGAAGAAAAUGUGAUCAUAGUAGGCAUAUGUGGAGUUGUAGGCAUUGGCAAAUCAACCAUUGCUAGAAUUAUUUAUGAUACAAUCAGUGGCAAUUUUGAGAGCAGUAGUUUUCUUGCAAGUAUCAAUAAAGUAUGGAAGAAAGACAAUGGUCAAAUUCUUCUCCAGGAACAACUUAUUUCAGAAAUUUCUAGCACAAAAGUUGAGAAUAUACAUGACACUGAAACUGGAAUUAGACAAAUAAAGAUGGCUCUGCAGAAUAGAAGGUCACUUGUAGUGCUUGAUGAUGUUGACCAUAUAGACCAACUUGUGACAUUGUGUGGAAGCCGAGAAUGGUUUGGUUUUGGGAGUAUGAUCCUCAUUACGUCAACAAGUAAGCAUAUAUUAGAUCACAUUAAAGUCAAAUAUGUCUAUGAAGUGAGGAAAAUGGACAAAAGGGAAUCUCUUGAACUUCUGAGUUGGCAUGCUUUCAAGUUGAGUUGGAAUGCUUUCAAGCAAUCUAGCCCAAGCAAUGAUUUCAUUAACCUUGCAAAAAAUGUCAUUCUUCAUUGUGAAGGAUUACCACUAGUUCUCGAAGUUGUUGGCUCUCUUUUGUAUAGGAAGACAACACAAGAAUGGGAAUGUGUAUUGAAGAAAUUGAAAAGCAUCCCUGCAAGUCAAAUACAAGAGAAGAUUAAAAUAAGUUGUCAGUAUUUAGAUGACUCGGUGAAAGAUUUAUUCUUUACUAUUGCAUACUUUUAUGUGGGUGAUGAGAAAUUGUCUAUUGCACAAAAACUAAGUGGCCUUCAAUUUCCCUUAGAAAUUGGAAUAAACACGCUUGUUGAGAGGAGCUUGAUAAAAAUUGACAUGAAUAAUAGGCUUCAUAUGCAUGAAUUGCUGCAAGAGAUUGGAAAGGGAAUAAACCCUAAUAAGCCAAAACCCAAAUAUAACUAUCAUGUGUUCUUGAGUUUCUGUGGUGAUGAUACACGCAAGUCUUUUGCAACUCAUCUUCAUGAUGCAUUGAAAAGGGUUGGUCUUGAGGUUUUCAUGGAUCCUGAAAUCAGAAGGGGAGACAAUAUCUCAUCUUCACUGGUCCAGGCAAUUGAAAGUUCAAGAAUAUCAAUCAUUAUCUUUUCAAUCAAAUAUGCAAGCUCAAGCUGGUGCUUGCAAGAACUGGAAAAAAUUAUGGAAUGUCAUAGAACUGUUGGACAACAGGUAUUACCUAUUUUCUUCAGUGUGCAACCAUCAGAUGUACGGAAGCAAUCCGGUGAUUUUGGAAGUGAAUUCAAAAGGCUCUUGAAAAGGACCUCAGCUAGCAAAGACCAAAAAUUCAAUUGGACAAGAGCACUCAAUGAAGUUGCCAAUUUAGCUGGAUGGGACUACUCUCAUCGUUAUGGAACUGAAGCUGAGCUGAUUAACUGUGUUAUGGACACUGUCACCAAGAACCUUGACGACAACACAAAUCUAUUUGUCACACAUCAUCCUGUAGGGCUGAGAUCUCGCAUGAAGGAAAUCAUACAAAUGUUAAGUGACAAAUCAGAUGAGAUUAUGGUGGUGGGAAUUCUCGGUAUGGGUGGGAUUGGCAAAACAACCCUUGCCAAAGCCAUUUAUAAUGAAGUUGGACAAUAUUUUGAGGCUAAAAGCUUCCUUGCAAACAUUAGAGAAGCUUCAGAGCUAGAAAAUGGCCUAGUUCGUCUGCAAGAACAACUUUUGUCAAACAUUUUACAAUCAAGGAGGUUGACACUAUAUUGCAUUGAAUCCGGGAAAGCUAUAAUGAAAGAAAGGCUUUGUGGUAAAAAAGCACUAAUCGUACUAGAUAGUGUCACCAACAUGGCUCAACUUGAUGCUCUGUGUGGCAAUCGUGAAUGGUUUGGUUCAGGUAGUAAAAUAAUCAUUACUACUAGAGACCAACGCGUACUUGAUAGCAUUAAAGCAGAUAAUGUAUACAAGAUGAAAGAAAUGGAUGGUAAUGAAUCUCUUGAACUGUUUAGCUGGCAUGCAUUUAAACAAGCAAGCCCAACAGGAGUUCUUAUUGAUAGAUCAAGAAGUGUUAUUGCUUAUUGUGAAGGGUUGCCAUUAGCUCUUGAAGUUCUUGGUGCUUAUCUAUUUGAUAGACCAAUAGAAGCUUGGAAAUGUGUUUUGGAUAGUCUAAAAGAAAUUCCAAAUGAUCAAAUACAUAAAAAGCUAAGAAUAAGCUUUGAUGGUCUUAGUAAUGAUUUUGAGAAAAAUAUAUUUUUGGAUAUAUGUUGUUUUUUCAUUGGAAAGGAUAGAAAUUAUGCUACACAAAUAUUAGAUGGUUGUGGACUUCAUGCAGAGAUUGGAAUUACCCGACUCAUAGAGUUGAGCCUCUUAAGAGUUGAUAAGAAUAAUAAGCUUGAUAUGCAUGGCUUAAUACGUGACAUGGGAAGAGAGAUUGUUCGUGAAGAGUCACCAGAUGAACCUGGAAAUCGUAGCAGAUUAUGGAUUCGAGAUAAUGGGAUUGAUGUGUUAAGAAAUUGUAGGGGAACAAUAUCUGUUAAAGGACUAGCACUGAAUUUUUCAAGGACAGAAACACAAUCUUUUGAUGCGAAGGGAUUUGAGAUGAUGAAGAGACUUAGAUUACUUCAACUUGGCCAUGUAAAACUUAAUGGCAAUUAUGAAUAUCUAUCAAAGGAGUUGCGAUGGCUUUGUUGGCAUGGAUUUCCUUCAUGUUGCAUGCCCCAAAAUUUUUCUCAAGAAAAAGCAGUUGUCAUUGACUUAAGAUAUAGUUAUCUAACCCAAGUAUUGAAGAAUUGCCAGUUAUUAGAGAGGUUGAAAGUUCUCAAUUUAAGUCAUUCUUAUGACUUAAGAGAAACGCCUGAUUUUUCAAGACUGCCAAAUCUUGAAAGGCUAAUACUUAAAGAUUGUCCACGAUUAUCUUCAAUUCAUGAAUCUAUUGGAGAUUUGAAGUUCUUAAUAUUGGCAAAUUUGAAAGGUUGUAAAGAUCUCGGUGAGUUGCCAAGAGGUAUAUAUAACUUGAAAUCUCUAAAAACUCUCAACCUGUCUGGUUGUUCAAAACUUGAGAAAUUAGAAGAUGGGAUUAACCAAAUGGAAUCCUUGACAACUCUAAUGGCAAAUGAAACUUCCAUAGCACAAGUUCCCUUGGCAUUAGUGAGAUCAAGAAGCAUCACAUAUUUGUCAAUAUGUGGCCAUGAAGGAUUGCCCAGAGAUGUAUUUCCAAUUCUCAUUCGCUCGUGGGUGUCACCAAGAAAUAAUUCAAGGUCCCUUCAGCAUGUAUUUGCAAGCAUGCCAUUUUUAUUGCCACAUCUUUUUCGUAGUUUAUCUCACCUAAGCAGCGGAAUAUUGAGAAGAAGACCUUAUCCAUUACAUAUCUCAGGGGCAACAGCUCUAACAUCAAUUGGUUUUCAUGAUCAAGUUGACACUAUAGAGACUGCAAAUUUCUUGAAUUCUUUUAUUACUGUACAAGUGGGAGGAUUCAGCGAAGUCAUUGAUGCACUUUUGAAGAUUAUCUCCCAGGGAUGGAGUGAUAGAGGGCUUGACUAUUAUCUCCCUGGAGAUAAUUACUCUGAUUGGCUAGCCUUUGAAGAUAAAGGGUCCUCAGUAUCAUUUAAAGUGACUCAAGUUGUUAGUCGUAGCUUAAAAGGAAUGGUCAUUUGCAGUUUCUUUUCAUCUUUGCAAAAUAGCACGGCAUCUGUAUAUCCUGUUGGUUUCAUGAUAAAGAAUUUUACAAAGGCUUCUAUUGAUUUCUACAAACGAGAUUCUGAAACUUCUACAUCUGAUGAAGAAGAACGGCAGAAGAUAUUAUCUAAUUUGGAGCCUGAAAAUGAAGUGGAAGUUAGAGUGGAUUUUGCUCAUAAAUAUAUUGUGAACAAAACUAUAGUCUAUCUUGUGUACAGUGAUCAUGAUGAUGCUGCUGCUGGCAAAAGGGUUGUUGAAUAACAUCAAAGCUUCAACUAUAAAGAUGGUUCAUUGCCUAAGAAAAAAAGAAAAACUAUAAAGGAGCUUUGUAUUUUUAAUAGCAAUUGAGAAUGUUAUGAUACGAUUUUCUUGGAAUGUUGUGAUGUAUGUCUCUCUGUCUCCAGGUUUCGCUCAGGAAAAGGAGAAAGUGAUGAACGGCAAGUUGAAGGCUUUGGAUCUCCUCUCGAUUUAUGUCUUCUAAUUCUUUUCAUCAUUUUUUGAAGAAAUAAAAAAGAAACAUUUGAACUCCGGAAGUUUGAGAGAAAAUGUAUCUUUCAUCGAUUCAAAUAUGGCAUGGUACAUCUGAAUAUAUACA